UGAUUGGCUCCUCCUCUGUCCUAGCCAUGAUUUAAACCCAGGGAGGGAAGAAGAGAGAGGAGAAAUCGAGGGACAGAUCAGCAUUGAGGUCUGCAGUACCCGGACCAGCUCAGAGGAGGCAGGAGGGUUGGAAGUGGUGUCCUACAACCUCCCAGGCCUCCUGGAGUGUCUGAUCCCUUUCUCCAAGAAUGAGUCUCUGGGGGAUCUUUACCUUCCCCCUGGGGCUCCUGCUUGCUUCUGUGCUCCUGGUAGCUUCAGCCCCAGCCACUCCGGAGUCUCCUGGCUGCAGCGACAAGGAGCAACAGGUCACUGUCAGCCACACCUACAAGAUUGAUGUGCCCAAGUCGGCUCUGGUUCAAGUAGAAGCUGACCCACAGUCCCUCAGUGAUGAUGGGACAUCACUCUUGGCAGCUGGGGAGGCUGGGGAGGAGCAAAACAUCAUCUUCAGGCACAACAUCCGUCUUCAGACACCACAGAAGAACUGUGACUUGGCAGACAGUGUCCAGGAUCUGCUGGCCCGGGUGAAGAAACUGGAGGAAGAGAUGGCAGAGUUGAAGGAGAAGUGUAGUGCCAACCGCUGCUGCCAGGGAGUUACUGAUCUGAGCCGCCACUGCAGUGGCCAUGGGACCUUCUUCCCAGAGACUUGCAGCUGCCACUGUGAUCAGGGCUGGGAAGGCGCCGACUGUGAGCUGCCCACCUGUCCUGGGGCUUGCAGCGGCCACGGGCGCUGCGUGGACGGGAGCUGCGUAUGUGACCAACCCUAUGUGGGGGUCGAUUGCGCCUAUGCCUCCUGCCCCCAGGACUGCAGUGGGCAUGGUGUGUGUGUGCAUGGCGUCUGCCAGUGCUAUGAGGACUUCACGGCGGAGGAUUGCAGCGAGCAGCGCUGUCCAAAUGAUUGCAGUGGUCAUGGCUUCUGUGACACCGGCGAGUGUUACUGCGAGUUGGGCUUUACUGGCCCUGACUGCUCCCAGGUGGUGGCUCCUCAGGGCCUGCAGCUUCUCAAGAGCACAGAGAACAGCCUGCUGGUGAGCUGGGAGCCCUCCAGUGAGGUGGACCACUACCUGCUCAGCUACUAUCCCCUGGGGAAGGAGCAGGAUACAAAGCAGGUCCAGGUGCCCAAGGAACAGCAUAUCUAUGACAUCACUGGCUUGCUGCCUGGUACCAAGUACAUAGUCACCCUGCGCAAUGUGAAGAAAGACAUUUCCAGCAGCCCUCAGCAUCUACUUGCCACCACAGAUCUUGCUGUGGUGGGCACUGCCUGGGUAAAUGAAGAGACAGAGACGUCCCUUGAUGUGGAGUGGGAGAACCCUCUGACUGAGGUGGACUAUUACAAGCUUCGGUAUGGUCCCUUAACAGGGCAGGAAGUAGCCGAGGUCACUGUGCCCAAGAGCCGUGAUCCCAAGAGUAGAUAUGACAUCACUGGUCUGAAGCCUGGGACGGAAUAUAAAAUCACAGUUGUCCCCAUAAGAGGUGAUCUGGAGGGGAAGCCAAUUCUCCUGAAUGGCAGGACAGAAAUUGAUGGACCGACCAAUGUGGUCACUAAUCAGGUGACAGAAGACACAGCAUCUGUUUCCUGGGAUCCAGCGAGGGCUGACAUAGACAAGUAUGUGGUGCGAUACAUCUCUCCUGAUGGGGAGACUAAGGAGAAAGCGGUACCCAAGGACCAGCGCAGCACUGUUCUAACGGGCCUGAAGCCAGGAGAGACAUACAAAGUCUUUGUAUGGGCUGAGAGGGGCAACCAGGGCAGCAAGAAAGCCGACACCAAGGCCCUUACAGAAAUCGACAGCCCAGAAAACCUGGUGACUGACCGAGUGACAGAGAACACUCUCUCUGUCUCGUGGGACCCAGUGGAGGCUGACAUCGACAGGUAUGUGGUGAGCUACGCUUCCCCCAACGGUGAGACAAAGCAGGUUCCAGUGAGGAAGGAUGAGAGGAGCACAGUCCUGACUGGCCUGAGUCCAGGCGUGGAGUACAAAGUUUAUGUGUGGGCUGAGAAAGGCGAUCGAGAGAGCAAGAAGGCCAACACCAAGGCUCCCACAGACAUCGACAGUCCCAAAAACUUGGUGACUGACCAGGUAACAGAGAACACUCUCAGUGUCUCCUGGGACCCUGUUCAGGCCAACAUUGACAGGUACAUAGUGAGCUACACUUCUGCUGAUGGAGAGACCAGGGAGGUGCCAGUGUCUAAGGAGAAGAGCAGAACUGUCCUGACAGGCCUGAGGCCGGGCAUGGAGUACAAGGUCCAUGUAUGGGCUCAGAAGGGGACCCAGGACAGCAGGAAGGCCAACACCAAGGCCCCCACAGAUAUUGAUGGCCCCAAAAACUUGGUGACAGACCAGGUGACAGAGACAACUCUCAGUGUCUCCUGGGACCCAGUGGAGGCUGACAUCGAUAGGUACAUGGUGCGCUACACUUCUGCUGAUGGAGAGACCAGGGAGGUUCCUGUGUCAAAGGAGAAGAGCAGAACUGUCCUGACAGGCCUGAGGCCAGGUGUGGAGUACAAAGUUGAUGUGUGGGCCCAGAAGGGGACCCAGGACAGCAGGAAGGCCAACACCAAGGCCCCCACAGAUAUUGACAGCCCUAAAAACCUGGUGACUGAGCAGGUGACAGAGAACACUGCCACUGUGUCCUGGGACCCAGUAGAGGCUGAUAUUGACAGAUACGUGGUACGCUACACCUCUGCUGAUGGAGAGACCAGGGAAGUCCUUGUUGGGAAGGAGGAGAGGAGCACCAUCCUGACGGGCAUGAGACCAGGUGUGGAGUAUCAGGUGGACGUGUGGGCCCAAAAGGGGACACGGGAGAGCAGGAAGACCAGCACCAAAGCCCCCACAGAUAUUGAUGGCCCCAAAAACUUGGUGACAGACCAGGUGACAGAGACCACUCUCAGUGUCUCCUGGGACCCAGUGGAGGCUGACAUCGAUAGGUACAUGGUGCGCUACACUUCUGCUGAUGGAGAGACCAGGGAGGUUCCUGUGUCAAAGGAGAAGAGCAGAACUGUCCUGACAGGCCUGAGGCCAGGUGUGGAGUACAAGGUGGAUGUGUGGGCCCAGAAGGGGACCCAGGACAGCAGGAAGGCCAACACCAAGGCCCCCACAGAUAUUGAUAGUCCCAAAAACCUGGUGACAGACCAGGUGACAGAGACCACUCUCAGUGUCUCCUGGGACCCAGUACAGGCUGACAUUGACAGGUAUGUGGUGCGCUACACUUCUGCUGAUGGAGAAUCCAAAGAAUUUCUGAUUGGGAAGGAACAGAGGAGCACAGUCCUGACGGGCCUGAGGCCAGGCAUGGAGUACAAGGUUGAAGUGUGGGCCCAGAAAGGAGCCCGGGAGAGCAAGAAAGCCAAUACCAAAGCUCACACAGACAUUGACGGCCCCAAAAACCUGGUGACCAAUCAGGUGACAGAAAAUACAGCCACUAUCUCCUGGGACCCGGUGCAGGCUGACAUUGAUAGGUACAUGGUGCGCUACACAUCUGCGGAUGGAGAGACCAGGGAGAUUCCAGUGAGGAAGGAGAAGAGCAGUACAGUCCUCACAGGCCUGAGACCCGGUGUGGAGUACACUGUCCAUGUGUGGGCUCAGAAGGGGGCCCGGGAGAGCAAGAAGGCCAAAACCAAGGCCCCCACAGAAAUUGACAGCCCCAAGAACUUGGUGACUAACCGAGUGACAGAGAAUACAGCUACCAUCUCCUGGGACCCAGUGCGAGCCACCAUUGACAGGUACAUGGUACGCUACACCUCUGCGGACGGAGAGACCAAGGAGAUUCCAGUGUCAAAGGAUCAAAGUAGCACUGUCCUGACAGGUCUGAAGCCAGGCAUGGAAUAUACCAUCCAUGUGUGGGCCCAGAAGGGUGCCCGGGAGAGCAAAAAGGCUGACACUAAGGCCCUAACAGAAAUUGACCCUCCCAAAAAUCUUCGUCCAUUUGGGGUAACACAUUCUGGUGGGGUACUGACCUGGAUGCCCCCCUCUGCUCAGAUUGAUGGCUACAUUUUGACUUACCAGUUCCCAAAUGGCACAGUGAAGGAAGUGCAGCUUCAAAGAGGCCAGCAGAGGUUUGAAUUGCAAGACCUGGAGCAGGGUGUCACCUACCCUAUUUCUCUGGUUGCCUUUAAGGGUGAUCGCUGGAGCCGAAGUGUAUCCACCACCCUUUCUACAGUGGACGCCCGUUUUCCACACCCCUCAGACUGCAGCCAGGUUCAGCAGAACGCCAAUGCUGCCAGUGGCCUCUACACAAUCUACCUAAAUGGUGAUGCCAGCCGGCCCAUGCAGGUGUACUGUGACAUGGACACCGAUGGAGGCGGUUGGAUUGUCUUCCAGAGGCGGAAUACUGGGCAGCUGGACUUCUUCAAGCGUUGGCGGAGUUAUGUAGAAGGUUUUGGGGACCCCAUGAAGGAGUUCUGGCUUGGACUUGAUAAACUACACAAUCUCACCACUGGCACUCCUACUCGAUAUGAGGUGAGGGCAGACUUACAGACGGUCAAUGAAUCGGCCUAUGCCGUAUAUGAUUUCUUCCAAGUGGCGUCCAGCAAAGAGCGGUACAAGCUGUCAGUCGGGAAGUACAGAGGCACAGCAGGGGAUGCCCUUACCUACCACAAUGGAUGGAAAUUCACAACUUUUGACAGAGACAAUGAUAUUGCCCUCAGCAACUGUGCACUGACACAUCAUGGUGGCUGGUGGUAUAAGAACUGUCAUUUGGCCAACCCUAAUGGCAAAUAUGGGGAGACCAAGCAUAGUGAGGGAGUGAACUGGGAACCAUGGAAAGGACAUGAGUUCUCCAUCCCUUAUGUGGAGCUGAAAAUCCGUCCCUUUGGUUACAGUGGAAACCGUUUUUCAGGCAGAAAGAAGCGGUCCAUAGGAGGAAAAGCAAGGAUGUUCUGAAGGCCUGUUUGAGCUGUCUUCACAGG